CACUGUGUGCUGAUCUCAGGUGUUCAACAUGAUGCUCAUCACAGUGUUUAUGCUGGUUGCUGUAACCCUCUCUCAGGGGACAGGUGCUGAUUCCGUUCCUGAUCCAAAGUGUGUAGCGCAACCUGGGGAUAAAUCAGCAUGCUUGUCACUUACAUUUGUAAAAACUGGAAAACUGGUUACAGCACUUCAAAACUUCCUCUGUGCAUGUCCUGAAAAUGCGGGUCAAGCUUUCAAUUUCCAAGAAUUUAAAAAAUUUUAUUCUGCGCUGAAAACUGAACUUGCAUGUGUUGGUUGUGAUGUUAAUCUUCUUUUGGGUACAGAACUGAACUUGGAAGACCUACUCUCUAAUGAUGUUGUGGAUGUGGACAAACUAACAUCUGCAGUAAAUAAUUUAUUGGGGGGCCUUAACCUUGGGGGUGUAUUGAAACUUCUUUGCAAAGUGGUAACUGCUCUGAACACACCAUGUGUGCAAGAACUACUACAGAAUGGUAUUUCAGAAGUUACUGACAAUAUCAAGAACGCAUUAUGUGGCUUAAAGAAAUCCAGCUCUAAAAUUGAAAUCCUAGGAACCGUCUUGACCACUGCUGGCUGUGUGACUGAGUCUUUCAACACGGCUGGUCUGUCUGAUCAAGCUGUGGGAUUACUUAAUGGUGUUGUGGAAAACAUUUUGGAUCCUUUGUUGAAUACUGUGAUAACCGCUGUGGGAAGUGUUGUAGGAGGCAUUUUAAACCCCAUUCUUUGUAACAAGGAUGGAGGUCUUCUAGGUCUUGGAACUUUACUUUGAAAUCCAGUCGGUAAAUGAGUAACAGGAUUCCAACUGAAGCAAACUUGCUUCCAAAGGAGAAAGCUGAUUCUGAAUCUUUGCAAACCAAUAUUAAUGAUUUUCUGGCAAUGUAAUUUUCAUUAGAUAUCCCAUGUUUUGGAGAAGUCUUGAUUGUUGCUUUAUUUCCUGAAUGAUGUUUUUAAUCAAUAAAAUUUCUGGCAAAUUAAUAAA